AAAAUUUUGACUUUGACAGAUAGAAUUGAAUAAUAAAGGUGAAUAACGAGAUGAAAGUUAAUUUUAGUUUUUCCUUCGAAUCCAUAUUCGUUGCUGUUAUGCAGUUGACCGGGUUUAUUUACGUUUCGUGAACGUGUAUGAGUAACAGGUAAGUAAAGCAUCUAACGAUCCAGAUUCUCCUUCUCUUUUACCAAACUUCUAUAAAAGUAACUGAAGCAAUAAAACGUUUUGUAAUUCCGGAUUUCUCGUAUGAAUUCGUUUGCUUAGUGCAGACUUCAACGCUAUGAUAUAGGAAUAUAAGUAUCGAAGACUUGUUACCUUGGAGUGAAGCCCUCGACCACAAAGUGUAUCUAUAAUAAGAUUUCAAUUAGAAAAUACAAAUUUGUGUAACGAAAGGAAAUCUAGGAAUAUUGAUACGACGAGGGGAUUUAACGUUUCAAUCAUUGAAUUCAUUAGGCUUACAACUAAAUUUUUGUUGAAAAAUGCUGGGAUUGACGCGCCUUGGGCUUCGUCGUUUUUGGACCCAUCCUCAUCUAAGGAAUGAUGGUAAAAUCAAUCUUACUGAGGUGCUAGAAAAAUCAGUUUUAUCGAAUCCAGAAAAGAUUCCGCCUCAGAAGAAGGAACCUACGUAUAUUGCAGGUUCUGAGUUUCUUCCUAGACCUUACUAUUUGCAUGCUAAAUGUUUAAAGAAUAACACUCAUAUAACCCUCUGUAAUCCAGACAAAAAAAUAAUUUACAAGGCAUCUUCUGGAUCAUGUGGAUUCCGGAAAGGAAAAAGACGCGGAUACGAUACCGCGUACACCGUAACCUCAAAAGUCCUCGAGCAAAUUCGUCUAAAAAAUAUGAGUAUUGAAAACCUGUAUGUUAUAUUUUGCGGAUUUAGUCAAGCUCGUGAGGCCGUGCAAAAUUGUUUACUAGGCCAGGAAGGUUCUCUCGUUCGAGAUAAAAUCGUCAAAAUCAUGGACAAAUCGCCGAUUAAAUUUGGCGGUCCCCGUGGUAGAAAUGUGAGAAGAAUUUAAUUUCGUGUAGUGCUUGAUUUUAAACUCAUUAAUAUUGAUCCCAAGAUGCUCACCUAAAGACCUUAUGCAUAUCGUUCAUCCCCCGUGCUCUUUGUUUUGGAUAGCAGUGAAAGAUAUAUUCAAUAGCAUAAUGU